UUCCAGUUUCUAUCCAGAGUAGAUUAACCAUGUCUUAUUCGAGCACGUUUAUUUCAUUCUCCAUUGCUUUCUUCAGUCUACUUGUAGCAUCUCAAUCAGUUGUCCCCCCCUCAAAAACAUUCAAGUACAUUAACCAGGGCCCAUUUGGCGAAUACAUUGUUGAGUAUGACGCCGAUUACCGAUUGUUACCCAUUGCAACUUUUCCCUUCACGCUUAGUUUCUACAACACCACCCCCAAUGUCUUCAUAUUAGGACUCCGGAUGGGCGACCGGCGUUCCGAGUCCAUCAUGCGUUGGGUUUGGGACGCCAAUCGCGGGAGUCCAGUUCGCGAAAAUGCAACACUCACGUUUGGAAGUGACGGAAAUUUGGUCUUAGCUGACGUUGAUGGCAAGGUGGUGUGGCAAACUGGCACCGCCAACAAGGGUGUGGUUGGUCUUAGCCUUCUCCCAAAUGGUAAUUUGGUGUUGUAUGAUACAAAAGGUAAUUUUGUGUGGCAAAGUUUUGAUCAUCCAACUGAUACGCUCUUGGUGGGCCAAGCUAUAAAGGCCACCGGACCCACUAGGCUAGUGAGCCGGUUGUCGGCCGCUCAACCAGUCAACGGGCCUUAUAGUUUUGUGAUGGAGAAACGUUAUUGGGCUAUGUAUUAUCAGAGCAAUAAUUCACAAAAGCCAUUGCUUUAUUACAAAACGGACGAUUUCGGUGAUGGUAAAGGAGCUUUGGCUACUCUUGAUUUUUAUUGUGAGCCAGAAAAUGACGAGAAUCAUGCUUUCGAGCUUGGCUUCCGCUUUAAUUUGACUGGUUCCCAAAGUUUCGGAACGUUUAUUUUAACAAGGCCAAAGUACAACAGCACGUACAGUAUGCUUCGAGUUGACAUAGAUGGCAACUUAAGGAUUUACACCUAUGAUACAUUUGUAGAUUAUCAAGCAUGGGAGGUAACAUUCGUUCUCUUCGAUCGGGAUGACGGAUGGACAACCGAGUGCAAGCUGCCGAGGAGGUGCGGAUUACUCGGCGUGUGCGAAGACGACCAGUGCGUUGCGUGCCCUAAGCCACAAGGUUUGUUGGGAUGGAACAAGACUUGUGCACCACCGGCGCUUCCGACAUGCAACGGAGGUUCUAAUGUGGACUAUUAUGAGGUUGAAGGGGUUGACCAUUACACAAGCGCUUAUGAUGAGGGAAUUGGACCAAUUAAUCUAGCUCAAUGCAAGGACCGAUGCAGUAAAGAUUGCAAGUGUUUGGGCUUGUUUUUUAGGAUAGAGGAGUUUCCCAAAUGUUUGUUGGUGUCUGAUUUGGGUACUUUGGUUAAGGUUCCAAACGCCAGUCAUACUGGUUAUAUCAAGAUUUCCAAGUAGACAUUGGGUCUCUCGUCUAUGUAUUUGGUUACUACUUUUGAUAUUGUAAAGUUCUUGGUAUUGUAUCUAAUAAAAUGAAAAAUAAAAUCAGUCUUGU